GGAAGUGGAAGCAUCAGAUCCAACGGAGCGCUUCCUUGUUGCUAGCAGAAGUAAAUAAAAAAAGGGGGGAAGUUGCAGCUAAAAAUAAUCGUGGAUUUCACCAGUUAUCUGGAAAAAAUGCCCCGUGGAAGCGAAAUCCCCGAAGGCAUCAGGUCGACAGCUGUCGAUCUGCACAAAGCUGGGAAGGGCUACAAGUUCAUUUCAAAGACUUUAGAGAUUCCUCCUUCCACGGUGAGGAGCAUUAUCGUUAAGUGGAAACGGUUUAACACCGUAGCCACGCUGCCACGAAGUGGGAGACCCUCGAAGGGGAAUCCUAGAAGGAAACGGAAAGAAAAGCUGGAUGAGGCUGAUGCUGCUGGUCCUGCUAGUGAAAAAGAUGGCGACCCUGAUAAGCCGGAUCUCCUCAGCAAGGUGCUGCUUGCAGCUGGAAACACCGACUCCAACUCCACUGAAUCCAAACCUUCAAAGGAAGAGCUGGAGUCAUCCAGACCAACUCUCCACAGCGGAGAUAAAGAAAUGAGAGACUUGAACAGCAGCUGUGAAGAGGGAGACAACACGGGACAGUCCGACUCCGACGAAGAUCCGAUGUCCAGUUUCCUGUUUGCCAGAUCAACAGGGGAAGCAGAGGACCAGGAAAGGGUUGAUCAUCCUGGACGAGCUUGUGACACAGAAGAUCCAGAUGAGUCCCAGAAGGAUGAGAGCACUGUUGAAGAAGACGGCGACGCAGAACCGUCGGAUACAGACGAAGAAGAUCCGCUGGCCAGUUAUCUUUUUGGAAGAGCGAGAGAAUUGACAGGAGAACAUCCACAGCAUGAAAAGCGUAAAACUUCAGCUUCAUGUGACGACACACCAGAAGACGAUCCCAUGGAGCAGAUUUUUGACCCAAACUUUGACGAUGAGAAGAAGAUUUACGCCGGUUCUUCAGUCAGUGUGAGAGCGCUCCUCCUCCUCCUCCUGGCCUUCAUCCUGAAGCACGACUUGUCAAAAGCAGCCACCAAAGACCUCCUGGCCCUCCUCAACCUCAUGGUGCCUGGAUGCAUUCCCAGCUCUCUGCAGUUCAUAAAGAAACAUUUGACUGACAUUGACAAGAAGACAGAGAUCCACUUGUACUGUCCCAGGUGUGAAAACUACCUGGGUGUAGAGCCUGGGACCGAGUGCGGAGUGUGUCAGCAGCGCUUGAGCAAAAAGAGUCUGCUUGAAAAGGCAAACUACUUCCUGGUGUUGCCUCUAGAAAACCAACUGAGGAAGGUCCUCAAACGCCUUCACUCAAAGCUGGGGAAGCAUUUUACGAAGGACGAUUACGUUUCUGACGUCAACACCGGCGGUGAAUAUAAGCACAAAGAGCAGGAGGGCAGUAUUACACUUACCUUCACAUGUGACAGCUCUCCUCUCCUCAAUUCAUCCAAGUUUUCAGUCUGGCCCAUCCUGUGCACCAUCAACGAACUUCCGUAUGUGGAGCGGUGUAAGAAUGUCCUGCUGCACACGUUGUGGUUCGGCAAAGGAAAGCCGCUGCUUCAGUGUUUCUUUACGCCGUUCAUUAACGAGCUUCAUAAACUCUCUCACGAGGGCUUCACUUGGGAAGACGAGAGCGGGUUAGAGCUUAACACCAGCGUGUUGGCGAAAAUCUGCGUGUGCGAUUCAGUGGUGAGGUCAGCGGUGCAGAACUUUCAGCCGUUCAGUUCGGAGUUUGGCUGCGGGUUCUGCUACCACAAGGGAGAGCUGGUUCAGAAGGGCCGGGGUUACACCAGAGUCUAUCCGGUUCAGGUGGACGGAUGUGACCUGCGGCACAUGGCUGAGACGGAGCAGCUGGCCAUCGUAGUGAUCGAGAAUGGGUAUCCACAAGGUCAAAUGGGUGUCAAAGGUCACAGUCCGCUGCUUCUGCUGCCUUCGUUUGACGUCGUCAAGGGUUUUAUCCCAGAUUACAUGCACUGUGUUUGUCUUGGGGUUGUUCCUGAGUUUGUCAAUCUUUGGUUGGAUCCUCUUUAUGGCAGAAAGCGCUUCCACCUUUCACCUCAGAGUUUGAAGAACCUGGACAAAGCUUUGUCUGCCAUCCAACCCCCAGAUGAGAUCAGACAAAGACCUCGGCGCCUCAGUGAGAGGAUGCAUUGGGAAGCAUCCGAGUGGCGAGCGUUUGCUCUUCUCUACUCUCCUGUAAUACUGAGGAAGGUUUUACCAAACCUGUACUACAAACACUGGAUGCUUCUCAUUUCAUCGCUUCACAUCCUCCUCUCCCAGUUUGCCACCCAGGAGGAGAUCAGCUGUGCAGAGCUGUGCCUGGUUAAGUUCGUCUCCCAGGUGCCGUCUCUGUACGGACUUGAGCAUUGCUCAUUUAACUGCCACUUGCUGAUGCAUCUCACGGACUGUGCCCGUAACUGGGGACUACUGUGGGCCAACUCCGCCUUCGUCUUUCAGGGUGUACACAGCCGACUCCUGCAGAUGUACGCCAGGGCUCAGUCUGCGCCAUCCAACAUCUUCAAACAGAUAGUUUCCUAUGAUGAGAUUAUCAUGAAAGGAAGCGAUGUUCUGAAAGAUGCUGGUACAGAAAUCACAGACCUGUUUUCUUCCAUGACAAGCUGUGGUAUCCUUACCAAGUCAUCCAGCUGCAUCAGUGAAGACGUGUUUACUUUGGGAUGCGGCUCUCAGAGAUCUCUAACUGUGAGAGAACUUGCUGCAUUGCAGAGCAAAGAUACACGACCCGUUACUGAAUACGCACGUUUUGUCUACAGAGACAUGAUGGUCACCACUUUGGACUACAGCGUCUCUUGCAAAAGGAACAACUCAGUCAUAGAAACGACCAGCGGCUUUGUUCUUGUAGAGUCCGUGGUGGUUGACGAGAGGCAUUGCAGCUGCGAGAGAUCGUCCGACUGCUCCUGCAGAGAACUGGUUGCUUUCUGCAGAAAACUGCUUCCCUCAAACUCCCAACCAACAAUCCAGAAUGAGCAGAUCAACAGAAACAUUGCAGAGUUCCUCGUAAGAGUGAGGAGUUCAGAUGAACUGUGUGCAGUGACAUGUCAGGACAUUGUUUCGAAAUGUUUUGUGAUGGAGCAGAAGGGUCGGCUAUAUGUCAUCAGAAUGCCAGUGUUAUAAGUGUUCCUUUGUCUUGUCAUGCAGUUUGUUGUGUUUCCACAUUCACACAGGAGUUGUGUGAUGAGCUUAUUUUCUGUGAGAUGAUUAAGUAUUUAGUAAAUUCAACCAUCCUGCAUUUUUAGCAGUGUUGGCUUGUUCACAUGGUGAGUUUAAGAUGCUCUACCAGAAAGAAGUACAUUUCAGUACAUAGUUUUGACCUUUCUAAGAUGUUUUAUCGGCCUCUGUUCCAUUGGCCAAUCAGCAGAAGGCACCAAUUCCCGGAGUGCUGUCCUGGUCUCCAGGCUCCUUUUACUGACUUUUCAUGGAAAACGUCCUAGAAAUUGCAUUAUAAUGAAUUUUAUGGAUUCUGUGCCUUCAGCAUACUCAUAACACAGAUCUAGUAAGUGUAAUCAGUUCUGUCACUGAAACGUUUUCCAUUCAAUCACUGUAGUUGUGAAGAAAAAAAAUCAAAAGAAUCAGGACCAAAGAUCAAAUUUGAACAUUAAGUCAGUUUCCACCAAAGGUAUAUAACCAAGGUUUUUUACUGAGAGACUGUGCGGAAAAGCUAACUGGCACCUUAUGCUGCUCACCCUAAUGGCAUUGAAGCAACGAUAUGCAACACCUGUCUGAAAAGGCCAAGGAACUUAAGUCAUCCAGUACCUUUAUAGACAGUUAGCUGAAGUCUAUAGUAUCUGAUCAGGUGAUUGUUGCCACCCAGUUGCGAUGAAAGGGUAACCAUCGCAAGAGUGAGAUCAGCAAAAACCUUUGUGCGACUUGUUGGUUCAAACAACCCUGCAGACUUUGUUGACUUAGUGGUAUCCUUGGAUGAGGUCUCUGAUGAGCUGAAAACAGUGAGUGUUUUCAAGGAGUGACAAAAGAUGUUCAGCACAAGCUGCUAAGAGUGGAUGCUACCGGAUAUCAGAAAGUUGGUUUGUAGCUAUCCAAGCUAAUGAGACCGCCAGGAUCUUGUAUGUGCUGAGAAAUAUUGACGCUCACCUUGAAGUCAAAGAGUUUGACCUCCAGUUUGGUGUCAAGUGUAAAGCGGUCAGAAAGGCAGUCAGCUGAACUAAGUCUGAGGGCCUAGUUCUCAACUGGAAGAAGAUAGAGCACUCCUACCGCGUUGGGGCAGAGUCUACCUCAAGGAGAGAAGUUCAGCCAUGUUAAGGUCUUGUUGACAAGUAAUGAUUGGAUGGAGCAAGAGAUAGACUUAGACACACUGGUACUGCUCCAGUCUGUCACAGAGAUCCAGGAUAUGUAUCAUGAUUGAAUUUGGAGAAGAGCCCUGCUCCUGUUUUGAUUGGAGUACCUCUGAAUUGCCUCCAUUUGGAGGUUGUCUGGACAUGUCCUACUGGGAGGAAGCUGCAGGGCAGAACCAGAGUUUGGUCGAGGGUCUGUAUGUCCCUUUUGACCUGGGAACCCCUUGGGAUACUCCAGAAUGGGUUUGAGAGCAGCACCGGAACCUCAGUGACCCAAUCUCAGAUAAAUAUAAGGCAGAGUAUGAAGGCAAGUGGCAUGCACUGCUAUGAACAAGACCUAAGCUGAUUAUGCUGGAAACCACUUCUAACAUACCAACAGUGAGAUUUCUUACCUGAGGAAUGGGCAUUGUUUUCCCCAGAUCACUCAAACGUACCAGCAUUUCUAAUGAAAUCCUUGCAGAAAGGGCAUUCGCUCUUUGGAUGGACUUAAAGAGAACUAAAAUGACACGUCUGGCUUUGUGAGGAUGAUGCCUUCCAGUUUUUUCUCUGGCUGUUUCAUAAAAUCCCAGCUCCCAUCGGCAUCCCGUGCCUGGAGGUAUAGAAAGACACUGAUGUAGUCUUGAUCAAACGUACCCUCCAGAGCUUUUCAAGCCAUCUGGCGUCAAUAAGGUUCUCAUCACAACAGCAGUAGGA